GCGAGAAAUGUCACUUUCGCGAUCCGCAAAGUGCGCGAUCAACAAACCCGCGUCACGCUUGCGAUAACGCUCACCCGUGCCAUACGAUACGCGAGCACUGCUCGCGAAUUCCACGAAAGGCACGCGUCGUUCUGCGCGCGGUGGGAGCCCUCUCGUCGCGUUUCUCGGCGCAAUUUUCGGAUCGCGACAGUGCGGUGCACUGUGGGCCAGCAAUGGUGAGCGCGUGAUUUUGAACAAUUCGAGCUAUCGAAGGAACGCGCAGGGAUCAUCGUCAUGUCCACUAAUAAGGGACAGAAUGCGAGGGCCUUGGUGGAACCUAUAGCUUUGGACUCGCGUACUCUAGGAGACAAUGAUCUCAGCGCACUAAGCUUGUCCCAUAAUAGCGAGCAGUACACAUCAAAUGACUUCGAUGCCUUCGCGAAUAUUCAAGCAGAACUUGAAUGCAUGAACGCGGACGAAGUUAUGACAGCGGCCGACGACCGGAUAAUAAUCGAGCGGAACGUUGAGACUGAAACGAUAGUACCUGAUGUGGAGAUGACCGAGAUCUCUGAGCAAGUGCAGGCUGAACACGUUUACUCGACGGCCAAUCAGAGCAACCAGAAUGUCGUAUUUCAAACGAAGCCCACACUGCAAAGAGUACCCGCGUCGGCUGUCCAGGUAAAACCAAGUAUUCAAGCUACGCAAAGUCAAUCAAUUAUGAUAGUGUCACCUGCAAGCGGACAAGGCACUAGCCAAAUACUGAAGAUAUCACAUCCGCCAACAGCUUCGGCCGAACAGUUGCAGUCCUUAGCUCAGACUCUCAUAACCGGCAAGUCCGCGGAUGGAAGCGUCGUUCAACUAAGGUCAACUCAGCCUGCUAAAUCUAUCGCGACAACUAGUGCCUCAGGAAACAUCACAAUUAGUAACAUGCAAAAUCUUAAGAUAACGCAGCCAACGUUGAAACGAGCAACACAAAAUGUCCAACAAGGACGCAAUGUAUACACAAAAAUGAUAUUGACAGGAAAUCAGCCGCAGCCUGGUACUCAUCAAGUUCUCAUUACAAGUUCCCAAAGUGAAAAUCAGUCGAGCUCAGGAAUCAAAUUCCUCAAUAAUAGCUCUUCUAGUUAUGGUAUAACAAGCCCGACGAAAACUAUAACGUUAGCACAGGCCCAACAAAUGGGUAUACUCUCUACCAAUAAAGUGCAACACAUUUUACCAUCAUCCUCGCAAAAGCAGGGUAUGAUAUUGAAUAAGCUAUUACAAACCUCGACAUCGCAACAAUCUAAGGUGACCAUAGUACCUACCAAUACUGCAAAGUCAAUGCCGACCAAAAUCCUACCUGCACCAAUUACGAAUAUUCAGGCCAAAUCCUCGAAUCAGCAAUCCACAUUUAUUUCAUCUAAGUCGUCCGUGCAGCAAAGUCCACAGAAAGUCAUCAUCAGACAGAGUUCUUUGAAACCUGGCACUGUACUUGGAAGUGGUCAAGUAAUUAGAAUACCUGCUAACCAGAAUAUUGUAACUGGAUCAAAUCAAGUCCAUCAAAUUCAGAUGCCUGGAAGACACGUGCAAUAUGUAAGAUUAGUCAGUACUUCAACAGGGACUACCAAUGUUGUUACUGUAAGCAAAUCAAAACCUGCUACGACUCUUCAGACUGUAGGUAUCAGUCAGAAAGUAGGAAGUCAACAGCAGAUUGUAAAGGUUGUGCCGUUAAAUACUGGCAAUCAAUCUCUAAGAACUGUCGCACCGAAAGCAACGUUGACAAGUGGCAGCCAAAAACUACUUAUACCUGCGGCGGCUGCUGCUGCGGCAGCUGUUGGCAAUCAGUCGAAGAGUGCGGUAGCAAUUCCAGCAUCAGCAUUGAGUCAGUUAGCGUCAGGACAGGCAGUUCUGUCGGCUAAUCCGAGCGUCGGGAACAUCGUCGUCCUUCCUGCUCAAUAUAUUCAGCAACAGCAGUCAACAGAUGACGGAAAAUUGAAGUCCCAAACAACGUCCGGUCUUCUAGGAAGUUCACAAAGCUCUACAACAACUCUAUGCGUGAUUGAUGGAAAGAAUUCUCAAAGAGGGACUUAUAGUACUGUCGAACCGAAUGGUAUCAGGCCAAGAAAACCUUGCAAUUGCACUAAGUCACAGUGUCUUAAACUUUAUUGCGAUUGUUUUGCGAAUGGCGAGUUUUGUCAUAUGUGCAACUGCAACAAUUGCUCGAACAAUCUUGGAAACGAGGAGGAGAGACAACGCGCGAUUAAAUCCUGUCUUGAACGCAAUCCUAAUGCCUUCCGUCCUAAAAUUGGAAAAGGUCGUGAGACUGGUGAUGAUAUAAGGAGACACAACAAAGGUUGCAAUUGCAAACGUAGUGGUUGUCUUAAGAAUUAUUGUGAAUGUUACGAGGCAAAAAUUCCGUGCUCAGCGAAUUGUAAGUGUAUUGGUUGUCGCAACAUCGAAGAUCCAAUACUGGAAAAAAAAUCCUUAAAGGAUUUAACGGAAACAACCGAAGUCAGAACGACUCAACUUAGUUUAAACAAAGCACAGCUACAAUUGUCAGAGAUGGCUUUUAGACCUCCGGCUGUAUCUAACACCGGUACAAGACAACCAUUCAAUUUUUUAACGGACAAAGUAGUAGAUAUAACAUGUCAAUGUUUAAUGGCGCAAGCAGACGAAGCAGAGCGUAACAUGCUCGAUGAUGAGACGUCACAACGUCUCAUUAUCGAAGAGUUUGGUCGCUGUUUAAAGGAAAUAAUCGAAUCAGCGCAUAAAGCUGAAGCUACCUAGCAGGUGUAUUCGCGUGAUUUGUAUUGUAAUUUUCAUUCGCCGUUAUUGUUUAUGGGAAUUGGAUAGAAAUGAAGAGAUAGUACAAUAUGAGUGUUGUUACCAAAGACGUUAUCAUA